AUGGAUCAUGCGGCAGAACAAGCGUACGCACUCCUCGGCCGAGGCACGAGAACAGGGCAAACCGUCGCAGAAAGUCAUGUUGAUACUGGCUCUGCUCGGCCUGACUCCCCCGCGUUGCUUGACUCUCCAAGCGAUGACCCUGGGUUCAGCGCACGAUUUCCAUCGCUCCAGCCGGUGAAGAAUGAACAGUCUAACACUCCCUCAAAUGGCCAAGGAACAUACCCGCCUGUGAACCCCGAGAAGGAGAUAGAGAUGACUCGGUUCCCACCCGUGUCUCAAUUGGAGGCUCUUCUUCUUACGGGCCAGCAAGAGCCCCCAAAAGCACCAUCCACCGCUGGUCGGCCAAAUGAAUCAGAAGACCUCCACGUGGGACUCCCUACACGUAGUUUGUCAUCGCAAUCUACUCCAAAAGGUCUUACUCAAGAAACUCAAUCUGCCGCCAACGGGGAUGCAACCGGCAACAUGUUGCAGGUGAUUGGUACCGGACGGCCCUUGGAUCACAACAGUCCAAACGUGAAUUCCAACACUAUGGUGGCGAUGCGCCCAGCAGCAGAUUCACAUGAACCCUCAAUUUCCCCACUGAAGCGCCGGGAAACCGAACGCCAAGAACGCCGGUCAAGUGCUCGUUCCGUGGAGAGAGAUACAUGGGCGCGGCUUUCUAGAAGAGAACGAACAAGAUCAUUCUCUCGCCAACAGGUCCCUGGUGGAUUCCCGGUAGAGGAAACGGCGCUGCCUACAACUGACUCGAAUGCCGAACAGUCUUCAGAUGCAGUUGACCAGUGCGUCUCCGCUCUUGUCGGUAUGGGCUACGGAACUGAACAGGAGGGUGGACGAUCCAGGAUGACCGUGUAUGCGGCUGCCGCCAACGGUAGCCUCCUGGAUGCGAUUGAUAUGAUUGAGGAGGAAAGGAGGGCUUAUGAACGACGCGCUUCGCAGUGA